AUGACCUUAAAUAAUGUUUGGAUGAGUUGUGAUAAUCGCCGCAAAGUUGGACCGCAAGUGUCGGACACCCGACGGCUGACACCAGAUAUCCUAUUCUUCUACAUGGGAUGGCAUUUCUUCGUUAGACUACUCUUCAGGGACUAUGAGAUCCAUCACCUCUUCGUGCAAAUCCAGUUUUGUGUCACUUUUUCGCUCUCGUGUUCAAUGUUUGAAUUGAUUAUCUUUGAAAUCGUCGGCAUUUUAGACACCAGUUCCCGUUACCUGCACUGGAAAAUAGGCAUUUAUGCGAUGCUUUUCAUGUUAAUAGUGAUCCUACCCUUCAAUAUCGGAUACUUUCUCAUAUCAAACGUGCGGUUCAUUAAACGCCAUCUGAUUAAGCCGUUUGCGGUCGCCGUUUGGCUGCUCUUCAUAUACCUGUUCUGGAAGAUUGGGGACCCGUUUCCCAUAAUGUCGCCCAAACACGGCAUACUGUCCAUCGAACAGGGCAUCAGUCGAGUCGGCGUUAUUGGUGUCACUCUAAUGGCCUUAUUGUCGGGUUUCGGUGCCGUCAUGUAUCCGUACACUUCGAUGGCCUGUUUUAUGCGUGUCGUGACGGCCGCCGACGUGACCUCUUCGGAGCGCAAGUUAUUGCAAACGCUGGACAUCAUUGCGAUGAAGAAGAAGAGGAUAGCGAUGAUCGAGAAGGAGAACCAAAGCAAAUCCCUGUCGUCGCCGACUUCGAGCAUUUGGUCACUACUGAAGAGUGUGUCACUUCAGGGCCACGACGUUUCCCAAUUGAAACAGGAAUGCUGUACUCUAGAAGAGCUCUCGCGGCAAAUGUUUCUCGAGUUGCUUGAGUUGAAGGCAAUGGAAGAGCGAAUUGUUUGGUCGAAAACACUUAAAGGAAAAUAUUUCAAUUUUAUCGGAUAUUUCUUUUCGUUGUAUUGUAUUUGGAAAAUAUUUAUCUGUACCGUAAAUAUAGUGUUCGAUAGAGUGGGAAAAGUGGAUCCCGUGACCAGAGGUCUGCAAAUAGCUGUCAAUUGGAUCGGUCUGGACGUAGACGUGAAGUUCUGGUCACAA